AUGAUCUUUCGAUGCUUUUACACGGGUAUACUUUUUGUUUUUGUUUUGCAAUGGUCGAAUGCAUUACCUAUUUCAAAAAUCACUACUCAUUCCAUUGAAUUAACUCCAUGUGAAUUAUGCAAUUUGUUAUUACCUAUUGCAAAAGAUCUUAUUGCACAAAAUGAAUCAUCAUUAAUGGAAAAAUUGGGCAUAAUACUAUGUCAGUAUCUACAUCUUGCUGACGAUGCAGUAUGUGCAGGCAUGAUCAAUGAAUAUAAUUAUGUACUCAUUGAGAUUCUUCGUUAUAGUCCUUUAUCAACAUAUGAAAUAUGUGGUGUAGCUUUUGACUGUCUACGGCAAGCUGACAUUCCUGCUCUUCAAUGGAAUGUUACAUUGCCUCCUCCAACUCAACUAUUAUUCUCGUCUUCAUAUGUAUCGAGUAAACAUUUAUCUUCCAAAUAUAUUCUUUCAAUUCUUCAUUUAGCUGAUCUACAUAUUGAUCUUGAAUAUAAACCUGGUUCAAAUGCUAAUUGUGGUCGACCACUUUGUUGUCGUGAUGGAAUACCAAAAUCAAGUGAAUUAGGAGCAGAAUUUUGGGGUGAUUAUCGUACAUGUGAUCUACCACUAUGGACAGCUGAAAGCAUGUUAAAAUAUAUUGUUCAAAAUGAAGAACAAAUUGAUUUUAUUUAUUUUACUGGUGAUAUUGCUCCACAUGAUGUAUGGCAACAAACUCAAGACAAAGAUCUCGAAGAAAUUUCUUUUACAACUCGUUUAUUAAAACAAACAUUUCCUAACAAAAAAAUAUAUCCAUGUGUUGGUAAUCAUGAAGCAGCACCACCGGAUCUUUUUCCAACAGAUAACAUAUCAUGGCUUUAUUCAAAUUUAGCUUCUCAAUGGAUUGAUCAAUUUGGACUUGAUGAACAAACAAGAGAUACUAUUCUUAAAGGAGGUUAUUAUACGACAAUAAUUCUACCAAAAUUUCGUUUGAUUUCAUUAAAUAUGAAUUAUUGUACUGAAAAUAAUUAUUGGCUUUUCAUUAAUUCAACAGAUCCUCUAGGUCAAUUACAAUGGUUGAUUCAGUGGCUUCAAUAUGCUGAAGAACAUCAAGAAAAAGUUCAUAUUAUUGGACAUCAUCCACCACGAAUGUGUAUGGUAUCAUUUAGUUGGGCUUAUUAUAGCAUUGUCAAUCGUUAUCAAAAUACGAUAAGUGGUCAAUUUUUUGCUCAUACUCAUUUUGAUGAAUUUAUGCUUUUCUAUAAUGAAACAGAUUCUAAACAGCCAAUUUCUAUCGCUUAUAUUACACCUUCAUUUACAACUUAUCCAAACAUUAACCCAGUAGCAGUACUUGAUCAUCGAACAAUGAUUCUUAAUUUGACAGCUACUAAUCUAUACAAUACAACAAAAUUUAUUAAAGAAUAUUCAGCAAAAUCAGCUUAUUCUAUGAAAGAUCUAUCUCCACAAGAAUGGAAUAAAUUCGUAUUACAAUUAGAAAAUGAUAUAGAUGGUGAAACAAUGGGAUUGGUAUAUCAAUAUUUUAUGAAAUCAUCUGCUACAGGCGAAGCUUGUGAUCGAAUAUGUCGAAUGAAAUUGAUUAAUUGCAAUCUUAAAACAGCAAGAGCACAAGAUACAACUUUUUGUUUUGAAAUUUGA